AGGUAUUGUGAUUCAGGGGGACGCUGGGAGAAUACAACCUAAACGUGAAGCGCUGUAGGAUCAGCCUCCUCCACUUUGACUCAGGGCUUCCUCGCUGCCUCUGCGCAGGCGCACGGGUCUCGAUGGAAAACAAGACCCUGGGAUCCGGAGGAAUCGUCUUCUGGACAAAGUUGAUAUUCGCGACGCGUUUGAGACGCAAACGUCGCGGAGGAUUCUUCCCUUCGGUGCAGGAUUAACGUCACGAUGGAGGAAAACCAGGGAACAACUCAGUCAACGACCCUGGAAUCCUCCUCGUCAUGUGACCGCCUCUGACCAAUCGGAGCGCACGAAAGGAAGCGGACGGUUCUAGCUUUGUUCGGAUUUUCUUGCAACUUUGUCCCCAAAGUGAGCUCGAAUCCCGGCGCGCAUCGGCCCGCGAGGGCGCGGAUCUACCGGAGGAGACGUUUUUAUUUGAAAGGAUGAAACACGGAAGUUAUAUUUAUAUUUUUUGCGCAGUGCCACGUGUUCAGGUUUGACGAAGAGUGCGCUGCUGCGUCACAUGACUCCCCUCCCCCACCAGCAGCAGAGGGGGAAGAAGGCGGCGGACAUGUUGGAGGGAAAUGUGUUGGUUAAAGAGAAUCCAGCUGGAAGACGAGAAGAUUAUUUGAAGAAAGGUUUCGCUUUGUUUUGGAAUUUACCUCUCGACUCUUGUAUUUAUUUGAAUCCCAAGUUCCUUUUGUUUUUUUACUACCAUACUUAAAAAAAUUACUUUUUUUUUUAGGAUGUUUAAACUUUUUAAAAACGUUUUUACGGAAUUAACUCGUGAAGUAAUCUUGUAUUUAAUCCUGCGAGGACCCAGUUUAACCUCCGUGGUUUAUUUGAGUGACAUUGUGGGGUGUCUGUAACCUUGCUGUGGGGGAUGGGCGCAUGUGCUUCUCUAACUCUUAUCUGGUUGUUUUUGUGACUUUCUACAGAUGAUCUUUAUAGAUUCGGUCUUUCUGUGGUUUUCGUAGUUGUGGAUUCAACAAUUCGUGUAAAGCCUUAAAGGCCAGGUAUAGUACUUGUAUUUCCAAACUCGGCCUAGAUUAAUAUUCUUGUGGUCAAAUUGAGAUCUUUGUGUUUUAAUUGUCAAGUUGUUUGGACCAAAGGAAUUUGAAGUUGGUUAAAAUGUGUUGUGAGGUCAGUUGAGCAAAGUGCUUCGUCAUUCAGCUGGUUUUGGGUCUUGUGCGCGUGCUACUGGGGCCUUUGUGUGGAAGCAGUUUACUGCGUCGUCAUUGUGGGUCCAGUUGGAUUUGUUAGCUUUAUUCUUGUAUAACGUGUGUUCGAAGCCUCGUGUGUUUUCUUCUGUUUGCAGCAGCAGAGGAUGCGACUCGUCCACAUGUGUUAAUGUUUAUCAUAAUGUUUUACUCGAGUUAUUUCUUAUAAUUCGGUUGGAACACUCAAACAUGGCGGCGAUGUUGCGGACGUUCUGGUGAGUGGGGAGAGGCUCUCGGAUCUUCAGGGAUACGCGUGACCCGGCGGAAGAACCAAUCAGCUUGUUAGUAUUCGCGCUGGAAGCCCGCGUUAGACCAGUAUCGUCCAAUCGUCGUCGUCGCUUUGCACACGUUGACGUAAUGUAGUGCGAGGAGGAGGAGGGCGACUUCCAUUUUGUACAGGACCCAAAGCGGAGCUAAUCACAGGCCGUGUUUCUGUCGGGUAGGACACGCUGAGCCAAUAGCAUUGCGCCGUUCUCUUGACUGACAGGUGAAACUUGCGAAUAGGUUGGCCCGAAAAGCUGUCAGUGUAACUCCAGCGUCCAGGGGCGUGGUAACUUUGAUGGGCACCGGGAGCAGCCAAUAAGAAGGCGGAGGGCGUGAACAUGUCGGUGCGGUGUGUCCAAUGGGGUGACCGAUGAGUCUAUAUAAGAACGGGUGUAGUCGCAGCGUCGCCAUUUCAACGAAGCAAACCGGGAGGUGUUCGCAGUGGCGGGGAGCGGAGCGAACCGACGAGCAGAGACGGGUCCUGGUUUCAGUCUAAACAAUCCGGAUCCAUCCGGACGGAUAUGGCCGUUAACCCGCUGCUUGACAGCUCCCACAUCGGGCUUGAUGUUGGCAUAAUGGGAGUCACACAGAUGGACCAGGGUUCUGGCACAGCAGGAAAACGCAUCCGAAAACCUUCACUGCUCUACGAGGGCUUUGAGAGUCCGGGGAUGCCCCCCAUCAAUCAGAUGACCCAAUCGGGACCCCCUCAACCGCUGGUGAAAGACCCCAACCGGGAGGGAAAGAUGACAAACCAACUUCAGUUCCUGCAGAAAGUCCUGCUCAAGUCCUUGUGGAGGCACCACUUUGCCUGGCCCUUCCACGAACCUGUAGACGCAGUCAAGCUCAGCCUGCCUGACUAUCACAAGAUAAUCAAAACUCCCAUGGACAUGGGAAGCAUUAAAAGGAGAUUGGAAAAUAAUUUCUACCGCAGUGCCAGUGAGUGCAUGCAGGACUUCAACACCAUGUUUACCAACUGCUACAUUUAUAACAAGCCUACAGAUGACAUAGUGCUGAUGGCCCAGUCCCUGGAGAAGGCAUUCCUACAGAAAGUUGCUCAGAUGCCCCAGGAUGAGUUGGAGCUUCCCUCAGCGCCUCUACGGAGCAAACCAAUCAAACCUGGCAAAAAGGGCAGAGGAAAUCCAGUCUCUGGAGGAGUGACAACAGCUCAUCAGGUCCCAGCUGUCUCCCAGUCAGCGUACUCUCCUCCCACCCCAGAAACACCCGACUCCAUUCUCUCCACCCCCCCACAAACACUUGUGAGCAAGAGCUUGCCCUCUGUGCUUCCAACUGAACAAAGUAUCCCCAACAUUACAAGUCUGCCUCCCACACAGCCCACUGCUAAGAAAAAAGGUGUGAAGAGGAAAGCAGACACAACCACCCCAACCACUGUGGCCAUGCCAAUCAUGAGCACAAUGGGUGUCAGCGGCAUCAGCCUUGGGAUGGGCGAUGGGCACAACUCGCCACUCACCCUGACUUCUCUUGAGGUGGACCAUAACUCCAGCCUGGGGAUGAACCAAGGCCUCGGCAUCAGCCCGGGAAUGGGGAUGGGAAUGGGAUUGGGGAUGAGUAUGGCCAUGGGUAUGGGCCGUGGAACAGUGAUGAUGGGUUCCAAAGCAUCAGCGAACAGCAGGAGAGGAGUAAGCGGCCGACCCAUCAAGCCUCCCAAGAAGGAUUUACCAGAUUCCAUACUGCCGCCACCGGUGCGCCGCAGCAAGCUGAGCCCUCAGCUACGCUACUGCAGCGGGGUCUUGAAGGAGCUGCUGUCAAAGAAGCAUGCAGCGUACGCCUGGCCGUUCUAUAAGCCCGUCGAUGCCUCAUCACUCGGUCUCCACGACUACCACGAUAUCAUCAAACAGCCCAUGGACCUCAGCACCAUCAAGCUAAAGAUGGACGGCAGAGAUUAUCGUGAUGCGCAGCAGUUCUCUGCAGACGUUAGACUGAUGUUCUCUAACUGCUACAAGUACAACCCCCCUGAUCAUGAUGUGGUGGCCAUGGCCAGGAAACUCCAGGAUGUCUUUGAGUUCUGCUUUGCAAAGAUGCCAGACGAGCCUCCAGCACCACCCAGCUCCUCAUCCUCCUCCUCCUCCUCCUCUUCCUCAUCUGAGAGUGAGCCCAGCAGUGAAAGUGAGGAGAGCGAGAGCAGCCCCAGCUCUGACUCUGAGGAGGAGAGGGCAAACCGUCUGGCGGAACUGCAAGAGCAGCUGAAAGCCGUGCACGAGCAGCUCACUGCACUCUCCCAGGGCCCCAUCGUCAAACCUAAGAAAAAGAAAGACAAGAAAGACAAGAAGAAAAAGAAGAAGACGGUAGAAAAGGAGAAGCAUCGGAGGAUAGAGGAGGAAGAGCUGCCGCCGAUCAGGCCUCCAAAAACACCCAAAAUUACCAAAACCCCAAAAACGAAGAGCAAAAGCGCUGUGGCCUGUCCUGUUAUACCGAUCAAGAAGGCCCCGAGCAAGAAAAACAACAAGAGCAAAGCCAAGAAGAGCAGCAUGAUGUUUAACUUGCCUCAGCCGGUCCAUGAUCCCAUAGUGAGUCACUUUGACUCUGACGAAGAGGAGGAGACGGCGCCCAUGUCGUAUGAUGAGAAGCGUCAGCUCAGCCUGGACAUCAACAAGCUGCCUGGCGAGAAGCUGGGCCGCGUGGUUUACAUCAUCCAGUCCCGUGAGCCCUCACUCAGAGACACCAACCCCGAGGAGAUUGAGAUCGACUUUGAGACGCUGAAGCCCUCAACGCUGCGAGAGCUGGAGAGAUAUGUCAUGACGUGUCUGAGGAAGAAACCUCGAAAGCCAUAUGCAAGUAAACAGAACAUGGCUGGCAAGUCCCGGGAAGAGCUCGCUCUGGAGAAGCAGCAGGAGCUGGAGAGAAGGUUGAUGGACGUCAGCGGGCAGCUCAACUCUGGAAAGAAGCCUCCCAAGAGCAAACAGAAACCUGCGACAGAUACCAACACCCAGCCGUCACGUCUCAGCGCCAGCAGCUCCUCCUCGGACUCCUCUUCAUCAUCCUCUUCCUCCUCAUCCUCAGACACAAGCGAAUCCGACUCCGGCUGAGAAGCGGCAGGUUUUCCACGUCAAAGGGGUCACGUGAAGGACCCUUAUUGUCUCGCUUACAAACCGAGUGGACUGAGCUGUAGUAGAUCCACCGAUGAUGGAGCCGCAGGGCGGUUCGGACGAAACCGGCACGAGACAGAACUGGUCCAACUCCUCAACGAGUGUCCAACCUAGACGGAGAGGGGCGGGGCUCUCACUGCGCUCGGCUCAUUCAUCCAGACCUGGACAGCAAACUUUGAGGGUUGAUGAAUGGAUGGAUCGUAGGAGACUCUUAGAAACGUCCUGCCGCUCUCUGGAGAACUGGCCUCGUUGUGCAGAGUGAGAAAUCUCCUGCAAACAAAGGAGAAGAGCGGCGGAUGCUUUGGAGGGAUAAAGGUGCUAGAGCCAGAAUCUGUCUUAUUUCUGGAGAUAAUUUCCCUUCUUACCGAGCUCCCUGUCCUAAUGCUGUAUAGAUGAGAUGUACAGUUAUAUAAAAAUCUAUUUUUCUUUUAUAAAGAAGCAUUUUAAUGAGCUAAUUUAUUCCCUCAUUCUGGGAAAGAUGUACUGGCGUGGGGCGGAGUUGUGGUUUGUUUAGUUUUUUGGGGGGUUAACAAAGAGGGGGUGUGUGUGUGUGUGUGUGUGUGUGUGCGUGUGUGCGUGUGUGCGCGUGUGUGUGUGUGUGUUUGUGUGUGUGUGUGCGCGUGUGUGAGAGAGAGAGAAUGAGUCAUGUAUGUGUUUGCAUGCACAUGUGUGAGUGUGUGACCCGGCACCACAAGUGCAGCCUUGUGAAAUCCCUCGUAGUUUUGACGCAGGCGUUGAAAAUCGGUCUGCACGCAGAAGCACCUUGGUUCAUUAGAAAACAGAAUGCAUGCAAUACAGAGGAGCUGACAAACACCUGCAUACUUAUGUACUACUUUACUGCAUCCUAGUGUACUCAUGUACUCGUUUAAAGGGUUGGCCACUGUACAGAAAUGUGACAUAACGCAUCAGUUUGUACGUUAAUAUUUCUGUUCUCAUGUUGGCUGUUUUUUUUUUUCAUCCCCUUUUUCAAUUUCUCUGUAAACGUGUUGCUUUUUCUCUCUCUGUGACCAAUCUGCUAAUAAAUGGUGAGGACGUGUCUUGUCCACUCACCCGUUCCUAAAUAACAUCCUGGUUCUUCUGAUUUCUUCUGCUGUUUGAUUUUGCCCAGACUUCAGUUCCAGCAAGUUGUGAGGAAAAAGCUUUUACUUUAUGUUUUUUGAUAUUUUAAUCAUUAGUUGAAGCGUUGUGGUUCUGGCUUGAUUUUUCAUGAGCCACCUGUUCUCAACACCACGGUGUCGCUAAAGUAAAAGUGCUUUGUCUUCAAACAACUCAAAGAUCAACGGCAGCUCCUGAAUGAGCGGAGUUUUUAUUAAAGAAUCGCUUUACUGAUUUGUGUGAUUUGAAAUCACAGUAAAAGAUGUUUUUACCAAGAUGGUGAGAUUCCUUUCUUCUGCAGAUGAUAAACAACAUAAAGAAAGUAAAGUUGCUGGUGGAAACAUGAAAGUGUGUUUUAUUAAUUCUUGGAUCCAGUAGAUAAAAAAAAAGUUGUCAUGUUGUGAGUAAUAAAGAUGCACUGUUGGUUUUGGUGGAAAUACUAAAAAGUAAUUUAGGUUAGGUGGGUUUUUUUUUUGUUCUUUUAAAAAUGUCUGGAUUGAGUUUGGACGAUUGUGUUUGAUUAUUUAUUUUAGGAGAAAUUUGAACAGAUUCGUUUUUUCUUUUUCAUAAUUCUGAAAGUAAUCAAAAGCUUUAAGUUAAAGUCUGAAAUAUGAAAUAAGUCAGUUUAACUGUGGGGAUUGUAGAAGUGUAAAUAUUUUACAGUCUCAAAUCUUUAAGCAUGUUUUUCUUUCCUCUUCAGAAACUUAGUUCAGAGUUUUUUCUUUGGUUUCUCUUCUGAGACUAAAAUACUCCAGUUGUCAGUCUCAUUAUUUUGCAGUUUGUCAGAAAGCUUUGUGUCUCUGUCAUUUCAUCUGAACAUCUGUACAGAAAUAAACUGAGACGUUUGUCUUUUCACCGAC